AUGGCCGGAGAGCCAGAGCCGACCACCUCCUUGAAGUCUUUGAUACUCGACCUUCCGCCAAGCUGCAUAGAGUUUUGCCCGGCCCAUCCCUCUUAUUUUGUCGUGGGGACAUACAAUCUUGAAAAGGACGAGGCGCACUCAGAACCGCCGGCUGAAGGCGAAGACGACGUAAAAGGAGCUCAAGAGGUCAAGAGAAAACAGAACCGUAAAGGGAGCCUCGUCGUCUUCCGGCUUGGAAAGUCUGAAGUUGCCCAGGUUCAGACGUUCCAGUAUCCUUCGGCAAUCCUAGACUUGCAUUUCCACCCGAGUCAGCUUGAUGUGUGUGCCGUGGUGUCAAGCACGGGCGCACUGUCGUUCUUCAGGUUGACUGAUUCCGGGCUUCUCGAGGAGAUCGUCUCACACUCAUCUUUGGGCUCAUCUGAAGGCGUCUUGUUUCUUUCUUGCGCCUGGCACCCCGUCAUCCAUAACUUGCUUGCAAUCACAACCUCAGACUUUCAAGUACACAUCUUCCAUAUCGACUCAGAUUGGACUGCUCAUGCCACUAAUGACGAGCCUGUGGCCUUGCAUCAGCUUGAGGCAUGGACCUCAGCAUUCUCGCCCUUUGUUUCUGGCUUGCGGGACGGCGAACAGUUACAGGAGCUCAUUUUGUUUUCUGGCGGCGACGACUCCCGGCUGCUUGCCAGCGCGGUCGCUUAUUCGUCGCCCACUCCCCAUGCCGAUACGACGAGUGUUAUUCAGGGACUGUCCCCGCCUCGAGGCUUCAAGGGUCACCAAGCAGGUGUAACCGCCAUCCUCCCUCUGCCAUUGCACUUUGCAGACGAGUCCUCGAUCAUCGUUACCGGAAGCUAUGAUGACCACAUCAGAGUGUUCAGAUUCUCAGGUCAUCUCCAACCUCCUGUACUACUUGCCGAGAAGAAUCUUGGAGGGGGUGUCUGGCGACUAAAAGCCAUCUCGGCUUCAGUGGUAGACGAGGAGGGCUGGCAAGCGGUUCUGCUCGCAUCAUGCAUGCACGCAGGAACUUGUGUUGUCCAAGUCUGUGGAGAUCGGAGCGGCAACAGCCAGGUCAAAGUGCUUGGGCGUUUCAAGGAACACAAGAGCAUGAACUAUGGCAGCGAUUUUUCGCCUCCGAGCGCGAAACUUGGCAAACCACUCCAGGUCAUCUCCACCAGUUUCUAUGACAGGUUAUUGUGUCUCUGGGAGUUCAAAAUAUAA